GAGAACAAUGAGAUUGUUACCUUUGUUAUUCUUCAAAAAGAAAAACAUGCAUGCCAUACAUGGAACAGGCUUUGAACAAAUCUCAUUUUUCAACUAUAUUAUACUUCUGGUUUGACUUAUGUUUCUCAUUUCAGUACAAAUUCCCAUCUUCACUCAAUACUCCAAACAUCUAAUUAUAAAUCUAAAUCCUCGAUUACACAUCCAAGAAUUAGAUAUAGUAAGCAAGAUGAAGUGGACACCAAUUUUGAUCGACUGGGAUACCAGCGACAGAACUCAGAUGGAUUACACCCAAGACAGUACCAAACCAGUAAGCAUAUCAACCAACACAGAAGCUGUUUCUACCGGAGAAGCUCACCUUGAUACGAGUGCCGAGAUGGUUUCGGGAGAUGAGUUAGUAAUGUUCGGUAAAUUGAUUUCUUCGGCUCAUAAAGAGUGCAUGGAGAUAGGAACUGACCUUAAACUAGUCCCAGAAUACUCUAAUCUUGCGCACUAUUUGGCAUACAAAUACAAAGCUUCCAUUCCUGGCAGUCACUGCUAUUGCAAUCGUUGCAUCGGAUAUUUGGAAAUGGCGCACUUCAACGUUAUCAAGACCCGGAAUAUAUUGUACAGUAAACUCGUUGCUUUAGCAAAGAACAAUUCAACGUAUCGCGAGAGAUAUUCAGCUCUUUACUACAAACUCACUGGCUCCAGUGUAAAAUUUUCGGAUAUGCCUUUGGAUUUGCCGAUUAUUGAUAAUUCUUGCUACGAUUAUCAACGUCCCAGUCCUCUAGUUCUUGGAAUCUGCCACUUUCGUCGUCGUUAUGAAAAAUUAGAGGCAUGCCAUGUCAAAAUUGUUCAGACUAAGAAUGCUAUACGUCAACAAGUCGAUGAUAUGACCGUCAUGAAUGAAGACUUACUUGAUAAAUGCGAUCGAUUAUUUGCAAUUAUGCGAGAGAAGCUUUCGGCCAACUCAAAAACAUUCGAAAAACACUACGAGUUCGACCCUGAGGAUUGUUGUCACUGUCGUCAUAACUGCAGCGACUGCAGCGAGAUGAUGGAAAAUCAACUCGACGAGGCCUACCAUGAACGAUCCAAAUUCUUUUCCGAGUGCGAAACAAUGAUGGAAGAAUACAGAGAGCUUGAGGCCAAAUACGAAGCUCUAGUCCAUCGGGCUACCAACUCUUCAAGAUUUGAAGUUUCCAGCAGACCAUUUAGUGUCCGACAGCAGUAUGAGUGUUACGAGCAUCUCAAAUCUCAACACGAUAGACAUAUCGUGGAGCAAUACAGAGUUGUUGAACCUUCUCUUGCGGACUCGGAUCCACCUCGCGAUCGUUGUGGUUCGUGUUCUUACUGUGAGUUGGAGUUGAAACUCAUCAAUGCUGUCAAAGUCAACCGAAUUUUUCGUAAAAUCUUUAAAUUCGAGCAGCAAUAUAGCGAUUUGUUCGAGGAGUAUGCAAACUUCCGAAAUAGAGCCAUGGGGGGGUGGUAGAAGCUGGUCUUCACGAAUAUUUUUGGUUUCCUUUCUA